GUGUAUGUGUGUGUGUGGCAGGCUGGCAUAAUUGAUGAGCUGUCGCUUUGUUAAUUGAUUUUGGUGUGCUAAACGAAAUUUGAUUUUAUAGGCUAACUAAAUAAUUAAUUGGCCUUCGAAGGAUUUUAAUGUUUAAUUUUUGGGUCAGAAGUGCUGACCCGUUUAGCCGCGUCCCACCGGUGACAGAGGCCCAACAAGCAGGCCGUAUGUGUGUGCAUAAAUAACUUGCAAUUGCUUGCAUCUGUGAGAACACGAGAGUCAAAUUGGUUCACCGUUAGAUAGCCGCAAAAACUGUCGGAAGAAAAUGUGAAAUUAACUUGUUGGCCAAAAGUUAAAGUCAAGUUUAGUGAAACUCGGUUUCCAAAGUGGAGUUAAAUAACAGCAAAAGCGCAAAUUGCGAAAAAUGUUUUUUCGAAAAAGAUGUGCGAGAGCACCAUCCACAGCAGAUGAAAUGACAAAAAUUUAAUGGAAUCUACGGCGGCUGAUGCUGACAUUCAAUUUCAAAUGGCCAUUUUGAUGGGGAACAAUGCUUUUCUCAAGUUACGCAAUGCCAUCAAUUGCCCUGGCUAUUCGGAUAUUUAUGGCACAAAUGCAGGCAAGAAUAUGGACUUGGCCUUCAAUAGGGGUCAACAAUGGAGCAACAAGCUGCAGCCAGCUGUCGCAACAGCCACAGCUGAGGAGCCCGCACAGAGUCGUACUCACAAGGUCUACGACAGCAUGAAGAACUUUUUGCAGCGCAAACUUUUUGCGCAACCCUCGCGUGUGCAAAGCGAGGAGCCGACCAGCGACUAUGACGAGCAGGACCUGCUCGACUCUUCGUACCAGGCAGACGCAGAGACAGACGAGGAGGCAGAGCUGCUGGCCAUAUACAGCUGUAGUUCCAGUCCGAGCAGCACACCGAAACGGGUCAACAAAUCGCCGCAAAAGUCGCUGCUGUCGCUCAACUGCUGGCAGAGCAGUCAGCCCAGCGACUCCAGCGGCAGUGAAGAGGUAACGCCCGAAGACCAAGAUGACUCUGAUGCAGGCAUCUCCGAUUGCUGUCAGCUGCUCAAUGAGACCAACAGCAGUGGAAGCAGGCGACGCAGCACCCCACGCAAACGUGCCACGCCUCGCUUCAACACGCACAGCAACAACACGGAUGAUGAGGAUGCAGAUGAGGAGCCAGAGCUGCUGCAGUGCGCUUGGUAUCAGCCGCGAAUCACAGUGAAAGCGGCGCAAGAGCAUCUGCAGUCGGCUCCGCCCGGCUGCUUCUUGCUGCGCCGCAGCACGCCACGCAGCUACGAGCUCUGCAUCCGUCUGGAGCACAAAGUUAAAUGCUAUGCGGUGCACUGUAGCAGGAGUGAGAUGUACAGCCUCAAAGGUGCACGAAAGCAGUUUAGCACGCUAAAGGCGCUGAUCACGCAUCAUUCGGUAAUGGCUGAGCAGCUGCCUCUUACAUUGGACAUGCCCAGAGAACGGGAUCUGGCGAAGAGCUCGGCGAUGCGCUAUGCGGAUGACUUCGAGCCGCUGGAGUCGCUGCAGCUCCUCGGCAUACUGAAGAGCCUGCAGGCCAAGAACUAUGAGGCAUAGUUUACAGUCUAGAGUUUUAGAAAAAACGUAUUUGAUCGAACUGCAAAAGGAACGAUAGGUGAAAAAUUAAUGCUAAGUUAUACACAGUUAUAUGUAUAGUAGUCCUUGUGAUAUAGUUUACUGUAAAUGCGACCAGGGUUUUCGCUUUUAAGUCUUUUUAUAAAUUAAAGCCAAACAAUACUAAGUGUCUAUAUUCUUAAGUUUUCUAUUGUGCAGUAAAUUAUGCGAACUAUCGAAUAAAAAGUG